AUUUUAUUUUAAUUAUUUAUUUUUGUGAUUGGCAGGAAGCCCCGUUGGUCUGAUAUCUCAUUUUCGCCUGGAGAGUCUCCGCCCUCCUGCUAGUCUGAGGCCGUCGGCUUCCUCUGAAGCGCUUGGCUGUCCAUAAGCUGCUAAAUGUUUCUUUUAUUCCUUUAUAUGUCCUACAGACAAACAGGAAAAUAGAUAUUAUUCGAGGACAGAAGUAUCACUGUGGAGUUGGAAAGGUCGCGGGAUACCCUUCUGUCGGACCUGCGGCACAUUUGUUCAGUACUUUAGCUCCAGAAGCUAGCGGUUGACGAGACUGGAAGCAUCGGCACGAGCUCCACUCUCGCCUUGACCUCUUGGUUCACCCAGGAUCCAAAAUGAGCAUAAGCAGUGAUGAGGUCAAUUUCCUUGUCUACAGAUACCUGCAGGAGUCAGGCUUCUCCCACUCAGCGUUCACCUUUGGCAUAGAGAGCCACAUCAGCCAGUCCAACAUCAACGGAGCUCUAGUGCCCCCUGCUGCCCUAAUCUCCAUCAUCCAGAAAGGCCUGCAGUAUGUGGAGGCUGAAGUCAGCAUCAAUGAGGACGGUACUCUGUUUGAUGGCCGACCGAUCGAGUCGCUGUCGUUGAUUGAUGCAGUGAUGCCAGACGUGGUGCAAACGAGGCAGCAGGUGUAUAAAGAUAAGCUGGCUCAGCAGCAAGCUGCCGCCACCUCCAGCACCACAGUGGCCGCCACUGCAAAGAACGGAGAAAACACGGCUAAUGGAGAGGAGAACGGAUCUCACACGCUGUCUAAUCACCACUCGGACAUGAUGGAGGUGGACAGGGCAGUAGAGAUCCCAGCCAGUAAAGCCAUAGUGCUGCGGGGCCACGAGUCUGAGGUCUUCAUCUGUGCUUGGAACCCUGUCAGUGAGCUGCUGGCGUCUGGCUCUGGAGACUCAACCGCACGGAUCUGGAACCUGAGUGAGAACAACGCAGGAGGAUCCACUCAGCUGGUGCUGCGGCACUGCAUUCGGGAGGGGGGGCAGGAUGUACCCAGUAACAAAGACGUCACCUCACUGGACUGGAAUAGUGAAGGUACACUUCUCGCCACAGGAUCCUAUGAUGGCUUUGCCAGGAUAUGGACUAAAGAUGGUAAUCUUGCCAGUACACUGGGGCAGCACAAAGGUCCCAUAUUUGCUUUAAAGUGGAACAAGAAAGGAAAUUUUAUCCUCAGCGCUGGUGUUGAUAAGACCACCAUUAUUUGGGAUGCACACACGGGAGAGGCCAAACAGCAGUUUCCAUUCCAUUCAGCUCCAGCUCUGGACGUGGACUGGCAGAGCAACAACACGUUUGCCUCUUGCAGCACGGACAUGUGCAUUCACGUGUGUAAACUGGGCCAGGACAGACCAGUCAAAACAUUCCAGGGCCACACAAAUGAAGUCAAUGCAAUCAAAUGGGAUCCAACAGGAAAUCUAUUGGCCUCCUGCUCUGAUGACAUGACCCUAAAGCUUUGGAGCAUGAAACAGGACACUUGUGUUCAUGACCUGCAAGCCCACAGUAAGGAGAUCUACACCAUCAAAUGGAGCCCAACUGGCCCUGGAACCAACAACCCCAAUGCCAACCUCAUGCUGGCCAGGGUUGGCAGGUCCUCUGAGGUC